GCGUCUUCCCCAACCAACACGUACACAAUGCGCUGAGCGUUUCCGGGGCAACCUUACUGUUUCCGGCUUUGUGUCUCUCUCCCUCUGUCCCAGUCAUUCUCCUCCUCUGCCACGCCAACAGCAGCUGCUUGUCAUCCGUACAUCCGGGACAUUGCCGCGCUGGUUCUUGAAGCUAUGGAAAGGGGCACCAUGUGGAGGCUGCAAUGUCUAAUGAAGGAGUUGAGGUGGUGGUCUUUCCUCUCCUUCAUGUUGUUCAGCUUCGGAUGUGUCAGAGCCUCAGAACUCACUUUUGAGCUGCCUGAUAAUGCCAAACAGUGCUUCUAUGAGGAUAUUACUCAAGGAACCAAGUGUACACUGGAAUUUCAGGUGAUCACUGGUGGGCAUUAUGAUGUGGACUGCAGACUAGAGGAUCCUGAUGGAAAUGUAUUGUACAAAGAGAUGAAGAAGCAGUAUGACAGUUUUACCUUUACUGCAACCCGCAAUGGGACCUACAAGUUUUGUUUCAGCAAUGAAUUCUCCACAUUCACACACAAGACAGUCUACUUCGAUUUCCAGGUUGGAGAUGACCCUCCUCUUUUCCCCAAUGAGAACCGGGCUACUGCUCUUACUCAGAUGGAAUCUUCCUGCGUUUCCAUCCAUGAGGCACUGAAGUCUGUAAUUGAUUAUCAGACACAUUUUCGACUUAGAGAGGCGCAGGGACGCAGCAGGGCCGAAGAUCUGAAUAGCAGAGUAGCCUAUUGGUCUGUAGGGGAGGCUAUUAUCCUUCUUGUUGUAAGCAUCGGACAAGUAUUCUUGCUGAAAAGCUUCUUCUCUGAUAAAAGAACCACUACAACCCGCGUUGGAUCAUAACCAAUGUUUCUCAGGAUGCCCUGCUUACAAUACUAUUUGCACCCAACUGCAAAGGUUUUUUUUUUUUUUUGAUGUUUGUUCCUGGUUACCUGUAAGUAAAGAACUGUAUAUAUUGGUAAAACUAUAUUUUACCUUUUAGACUCCACUGUAGCUGGCCCUUAAAAAAAAAAAAAAAAAAAAAGUUGUUUUUUUUAAUUAUUAUUUUUUUUUUUUUGAAAGGGUGGUAACUUUUAUUUGAACCGUUUUGGGGAUUUUUUUAUUUUUAAACUUUGAUUUCCAUGUGAAACAUUUAACUCUUAAGGUUAAUAUAUUGUCAAUUUCUCAAGAA